AUGUUCCGCUCCUUCCUCGCUGUCUUUGCCUUGAUUUCCCUUGUUUCUGCUCUGGCUUCCCCCCACAUGUCCCAUGCUGUCCACCGGCAUCGUUCCCUGUCGGCACGCAUCCCAGCCCCCGUCGCUGAGCCUCUUGUUGACCCACAACCUGUGCUUCCCAAGCGGACCCGUUCCAGGAGACAUGCUCGCAGGGCAAACUCCGGGCGUUGUAAAGUGGGGUCAUCGAGCUCCCUAGCUCAGGCCUCGUCGACGCCACUGGCCCAGCAAACCUCUUCCACCACUCCUCUUCAAACGACCAGUGUGACUCCAGAGUCUACUAGUGCUGCUCAAGCUACUAGCUCCACUCCAGAGUCCACUGUUGCUCCAGCUACCAGCUCCACUCCAGAGUCCACUGCCGUUCCAGCUACUAGCGCUACUCCAGAGUCCACCAGCACCUCAUCGUUUGUCCAGGAGCAACAUACCUCAUCCUCUCAGGAAACUCAGCCAGUGGCCACCACCACCACCACCACCACUCCGCAAACAACUCCCACCACUUCGAGCGCUCAGGCGACCUCUACCUCGGGCAGUUCGGACGGCACCACGUAUACCGGAGAGAUCACCUACUACGAGAGACCAAUGGAAACUCCAAUGACAAUUCUCUUUGUGGCAAGUACAUCCAUAUCGAAUGCAACAGACGAAAGCAAGAGCACCGAUGUUAAAGUUGUCGACCGAUGCACUGGAUGCGCAGAGUACGACUUGGACCUGUCUCCAGCCGCUUUCGAAGACUUGGCAUCAGAAAGCGUUGGUCGUCUGCAAGGCGCCACUUGGUAUUUCACUUCAUGA